AUGCUAAGUGCAGUAUCUAAAGUCACCACUUUGAGAGCAUGUACAAGAUAUCUAACCAAAUGCAACUACCAUGCAUCCACUAAACUGUUUGCAAUAAAGACAUUUUCCAUGCCUGCAAUGUCCCCCACUAUGGAGAAAGGUGGAAUUGUGUCUUGGAAGUAUAAAGUUGGUGAACCAUUCAACACGGGCGAUGUGAUAUUGGAGGUAGAAACAGAUAAAUCUCAAAUUGAUGUGGAAGCCCUGGACGAUGGUAAAUUAGCCAAGAUUCUGAAAGAUGAAGGCGCUAAAGAUGUCAAUGUUGGUGAACCUAUUGCCUAUAUUGCGGAUGUUGAUGACGAUUUAGCCGCUGUAAAGCUACCUCAAGAGCAAAACACGGAAAAGCCAAAAUCUUCCAGAAAUGAAGCACCAUCUCCAGAAAAAGAUGAAGUAACAAAGCAACAGCAUAAAGAACCUGCACUUACAGAGGCUAAGAGAACCAAGGGUGAGCAGGCAAACUCUGAACAGACCUUCCUACCAUCUGUUUCAUUACUAUUGGCUGAAAACGGUAUAUCCAAACAAAAGGCGUUGAAGGAAAUCAUGCCAUCCGGGUCGAAUGGUAGGUUAUUAAAAGGUGAUGUGCUAGCAUAUCUAGGAAAAAUACCACCAGAUUCGGUUACCAAGAUAACGGAAUUCAUCAAGAAAAACGAACACCUUGACUUAUCGAACAUCGAGCCAAUACAACUCAAGCCUGAAGAAAGUGAGCAGGCUCAAAGAAAAAUUACUAACAAAAAGGAGAUCACACCAGUGCAAUUUGAAGAACAAUUGAUGUUCCAUGCUCCAGCCUCUGUUCCCUUUGAAAAAUUGCGGGAAUCAUUAAACUCUUUCAUGAAAGAGGCUUAUCAGUUUACCCAUGAAACACCACUAACAGACACAAAUUCAAAAUAUUUUGACCCCAUAUUCGAGGAUCUUGUUACCUUGAACCCAAGGGAGCCAAGAUUUAUAUUCUCCUACGAUUUGAUACGAAUCCCUAAGGCCAAUAACAUGCAAGAUAUCUAUGAGCAAGAGGACAUUUUUGACCUCCUAGCGAGCUCAGAUGCGAGAGUUUCUCAAGGUAAAUCUGUUAAAAAGGACUUGUUACCGGAAAAGAGCGAAUUUUUACUAACCUUGAAUGUUAGCGUCAACAACAAGAAGUUUAAUGACGCGGAGGACAAAGCAGAAAGAUUCAUUGAUUACGUAAAAGAGCUACAAUCAUUCUAA